CCUCACAACUCACACACUACUUCUACUUGUAUUAACGCCAGUGCGGCCACACUUGGUCACAUCCUCGUAUCGUCGGCAAGAAAGAAGAGUUGAGUUGAGAAGAGAAGAGCGGCUUGCUUGCUUUGGUACGUACGUGCGUCGGUCAGGAUGAGCACGGCGGCGCGGACGACGGGGCGGCGGGGGUUUACCAUGGGGCGCAGCGAGGACGCGACGCACCCGGACACCAUCCGCGCCGCCAUCUCCGAGUUCCUCGCCACGGCCAUCUUCGUCUUCGCCGCCGAGGGCUCCAUCCUCUCCCUCGGGAAGCUCUACCAUGACAUGAGCACGGCGGGCGGGCUGGUGGCCGUGGCGCUGGCACACGCGCUGGCGCUGGCCGUGGCGGUGUCCGUGGCCGUGAACAUCUCCGGGGGCCACGUCAACCCGGCCAUCACCUUCGGCGCGCUGCUCGGCGGCCGCAUCACCCUCGUGCGCGCCCUCUUCUACUGGAUCGCGCAGCUCCUCGGCGCCAUCGUCGCCUCCCUCCUCCUCCGCCUCACCACCGGAGGCAUGCGGCCGCCCGGUUUCUCCCUGGCGUCGGGGGUGGGGGACUGGCACGCGGUGCUGCUGGAGGCGGUGAUGACGUUCGGCCUCAUGUACGCCUACUACGCGACGCUGAUCGACCCCAAGAGGGGCCACGUGGGCACCAUCGGGCCGCUCGCCGUGGGGUUCCUGCUCGGGGCUAACAUACUCGCCGGCGGGCCGUUCGAUGGCGCCGCGAUGAACCCGGCGCGGGUCUUCGGGCCGGCGCUCGUCGGGUGGCGGUGGAGGCACCACUGGGUCUACUGGCUCGGGCCCUUCCUCGGCUCCGGCCUCGCUGGGCUCCUCUACGAGUACGUCGUCAUGCCGUCUACCGAGACCGCCGCCCACGCCCACCAGCCGCUCGCGCCGGAGGACUACUAGCCGCCACCGCCGCAGCUGCUGCUUCAAAUCCUUGAAAUCCAACACUUGCAGCUAUGCUUUAUCGCUAUAUAUGUAUGUAUGGCUUUUUGUUUCUAUAUUUAGUGUGUUGGUUAAUAAUGGAGGGUGGCCUUGCUGUGCAUGGUUGCCCCUAUAGUAUCUCCGAGGUGAUGUUUGCUCCGUUUUGUGUAAUAAGUUUCCAGUGCAAUAUAGUAUCUUCAUCUGUUUUUUUCUCUAA